AUGUCGUUCUUACCAUCUUUCAUACUAUCCGAUGAGUCCAAGGAACGCAUCUCCAGGAUCUUGGACUUGACACAGACAGUGGCACGUUACGGCUGGUUACCAUUCAUCCUUUACAUGGGCUGGUCGCACACUGCCAACUCCCCCAACCUGCUAAACCUUCUCUCCCCACUCCCAAGUGUCUAA